AUGAGUCAUCCUGUGUCUUUACCAGGUGAACAUUUGCGGAUGUGUCCUCAGGGACCAACCUGCUGUACCAGCGCCAUGGAGGAGAACCUGGCCGGUUUGAGCUCCCAAGAGACAGAGGGGCUGAUCAGAGAGGCUGGCAGAGCCCUACAGGCUGCUUUAAACGCACUCCAUAGGGGCUUUGACACCUAUUUCACUGAGCUGCAUGGGCAUUCGGAGCGCUCCCUGCAGGAUGUACUGUCUCCACUUGGCUCCCUGUACUCUCAGAACACCCGUCUGUAUGGAGACCUCUUUGCAGACCUGCGUCGGUAUUAUCGAGGCUCUGCUCUGAACCUGGACGAGAACCUGUCGGACUUCUGGUCCCGCCUGUUGGAGCGAACCUUUAAAACCUCUACCCCUCCAGAUGUCAGUCUGUCAGAGGAUUACCUUGAAUGUGUUGCUAAGCAGCAGGAGACGCUGCGGCCAUUUGGAGACAUCCCUCGGGACAUGAAGGCGAAGGUGAUCAGGGCUUUUGUCACAGCCAGGUCUUUUAUCCAGGGGCUGUCAGUCAGUGCAGAUGUGGUCAGGAAAGUCUCACAGGUUUCUCUGGGCCCAGAGUGCUCGAAAGCCCUAAUGAAACUGGUUUACUGCCCUCACUGUCGGGGCCUGGCCUCCGUCAAACCAUGCUCCAGUUAUUGCUCAAACGUGAUGAAGGGCUGCCUGGCCAACCAAGCUGACCUGAAUCCGGAGUGGCAGAACCUUAUAGAUACAAUGAUCCAGGUGGCAUCCAGUUUCAGCACAGAACCCAGUCUUGAUGUGGUUCUCUCCUCUAUCCCUGCUCGGAUUUACGAAGCUGUCCAGUACCUGCAGGAAAAUAUGAACAAGUUCACUGCUAAAGUGUACCAGACAUGUGGAACUCCAUUUGAAUCAGGAACAAAAAGUCCCCCUCUCCAAGAAGAAAAGAAGAAAAGCAGCUCUCUGACUGCAUUGAAAUAUAAACCCUCCCCAACAGCAGGAGUUAGACUAGAAAUGCAGGUCUCAGAUCUUUCCAGUAAGCUCAGGGAAAUGCGUCAGUAUUGGGUCCAGCUUCCUGUGGCACUUUGCAGUAAACUGUCAGCAGGGCGCAACAGUCAAGACAACUGCUGGAAUGGCAUUACCAAAGCCAGAUACCUCCCAGAGGUAAUGGGUGAUGGUUUGGCCAAUCAGAUUAACAACCCAGAAGUGGACCUCGACAUCACAAAGCCAGACAUGACUAUCCGCCAGCAGAUCAUGCAACUCAAAAUAAUGAGUAACAGGCUAAAAAAUGCAUUGGAUGGCAACGACGUGGACUUCCAGGAUGCAAGUGACGACAUCAGCGGCUCAGGGAGUGGGAUGUGUGUAGGCGGCCACUGUCCCCGCAGCAGACCGGGAUUGUAUGCCUACCCGCCAGACAACAACCGAGUCAGAGGCACAGCCGCGUCGCAGCCUGGCAUCUGCAGCCUUCUGCUGCUGCUUCCCCUGACCGUCCUGCUGCUUCAGCGAUGA